GCUAAUCUUUGUGACCCCACAUCGCAGCCACCCACGGAUUCCCCUAAUUCAACCCCUUUAUUAAAUACCACCACCGUUAAAUUCCAACGCCCCUGUCUCCGAGUCCAGACCGCCAUUAGAACACGGGGGCGAGAAUUUCUUCGAAUCCUUUCAGAUCUCGCUUCUGGAAGCUUCCGCGAUAUGACUUCCGAACGCACUACCGCCGCGGCCGGUGCCGCCGGUAGGGGCAAGCGGCCGCGGCGGCGGGGUUGGUGGUUGUACGCGGCCGCGGGGGCCCUCCUCGUGGCGCUCCUCGCCGUGGCCGUGAGCUCCCGCAGCUUUCCGGGCAUCCCCUCGUCCUUCUCCUCGCGAGGAGGCUGCGGCUGCCCCUCCGCGAGGAAGUACACGGGUAUGGUGGAGGACUGCUGCUGCGACUACGAGACGGUGGACGCCAUCAACGAGGAGGUCCUGCACCCGAUCCUGCAGGACCUCGUCAAGUUGUCCUUCUUCAGGUACUUCAAGGUUAAAUUGUGGUGUGACUGCCCUUUUUGGCCUGAUGAUGGAAUGUGUCGGCUUAGAGACUGUAGUGUCUGUGAGUGCCCAGAGAAUGAGUUCCCUGAGCCAUUCAGGAAGCCUUACAAUGGACUUUCUCCAGAUAAUAUGAUAUGUCAAGAAGGAAAACCACAGGCUGCCGUUGAUAAAACCCUUGACAGCAAGGUUUUCAAAGGAUGGGUCGAAACCGACAAUCCAUGGACAUAUGAUGACGAGACUGAUAAUAACGAAAUGACUUAUGUGAAUCUUCAGCUGAAUCCUGAGCGAUACACUGGCUAUACUGGUGAUUCAACUAGAAGGAUAUGGGACUCUAUUUACAAGGAAAAUUGUCCAAAAUAUCCUUCAGAAGAACUGUGCCACGAGAAGAAGGCACUGUACAAGCUUAUUUCAGGGUUGCACUCUUCAAUUUCAGUGCAUAUUGCUUAUGAUUAUCUUCUUGAUGAAUCUACUAACUUGUGGGGACAGAAUCUUCCUUUGUUGUAUGACCGUGUUCUGAAGUACCCAGAGCGUGUCCAAAAUCUGUACUUCACCUACCUGUUUGUUCUUCGGGCGGUGACAAAGGCAGCAGAUUAUCUUGAGCAGGCUGAGUACAAUACUGGCAAUCCUGAAGAUGACUUGAAAACACAAUCUCUUGUGAAGCAGUUGCUUUACAAUCCCAAGUUAAGAUCUGCAUGUCCAUUGCCUUUUGAUGAAGCGAAACUCUGGCAAGGCGAAAAUGGUCCUGAGCUAAAGCUAGAGAUUCAAAAGCAAUUUAGAAAUAUUAGUGCAAUUAUGGACUGCGUUGGAUGCGAGAAGUGCCGAUUAUGGGGAAAGCUCCAAGUUCUUGGUCUUGGAACUGCAUUGAAAAUUCUUUUCUCCGUUGAUGGAGAGAGCCAUUUGAAUCAGCCAUUGCAGCUGCAGCGAAAUGAGGUCAUUGCAUUGUUCAAUCUUCUGAAUAGGUUGUCAGAAUCUGUCAACUUUGUACAUGAAAAAGGAUCAUCAAUUGAAGAAGUCAUUGAACAACAGAGCCCUUCAACUGUGCAGAAGGGUGCUUCCAAUCCAAAUCUUAAACUGGGCUUCCUCUGAGGUGUAAGGGUGCAAUUUGAACUGGCACCUUCUUUUCUCUAUACCGGAAGAUUAACAUGUACAUGCUGGAAGGAGUUUCCUAGUUGGUUUUGUUGCAGCCUAUACAAGACAUACAAAUCCUUGGGAGCUAAACAAUAACAAAAUUCCCUCCCCCUUUGAAUUUUCCAUGUAUAGUGUACCUCCUUGUUAGUAAGGAUCUCACCGCAUACUUAUUCGCCAUGAUCAAGAGAGGAUCGUCUAACAUACAAUUUUUCACUCUUGUAUUAACUGUCAUCAUAUCACUUGCUAACGAGCAAAAACUUUUUGUCGGUCUCAA